AUGAAAAUUCUCACCAAAGAACAGGAAGAAGCUCACUAUAACUCCGUCCUAAAAGGCGGCACAGUCGGCGGCCUACUCGGCCUUGCCGGCGGCGUCGCAGGUGUCCUACUUGCCUCACGUCGCUACCACACAAUCCGCAACCUCACAAUCCCAAUGAAAGCCUUCCUGGUGACCUCCUCCGGUACUUUCACGGGUAUUAUCGCCGCCGACCACGCCUCGCGCGUGUACGAGAACGAGCAAAACGCCGCAUACCAAUGGUACGAGAAUCGCGAAGAGCGUCUCCGCGCCGAGGAGAUCCGCGGCCUGAGCUUCGUCGAUCGCGCUACUGCCUUCGCCCGUCGUGAGAAAUACAAGAUCAUCACCGCCACCUGGGUUGCCUCCAUGGUUGGCUCGUUUGCGCUUGUCAGUCGCAUCCCCGGUCUCAGUGGACAACAGAAGCUCGUCCAGGCCCGUGUCUAUGCACAGGGUCUGACACUCGGUGUUCUCUGUGCUUCGGCUGCCUUCGAAAUCUCGGAUCAGCGUCGUGGUCGCGGCUUGCUGGACUCCAAGAAGAAGGCGGAAGCGGCUAAGGCUAAGGCUGAGGAUGUUGAGGAGGUGCCUAUUCGCCAGAGUGGUCAGCCUAAUGAAGGUGAUCUCUGGAAGGAUAUGGUUGCUGCUGAGGAGGAGCGCUUGAGCUCUAAGCACCAGUCUCUCUAUGAAUCUCACCAGAAGCAGGAGGCAAAGUCCGAGGAGAGUGAUGAGGAGAAGGACUCCAAGACAGAGAAGAAGGACACUGAGUCCAAGAACAAGAAGAAGAGCUCCUAG